CGAGGGGUGGGAGUCUCAGUGAGUGUCCAGCAGCGGGUGGAGAUGCGCACGCCGGAGACGCCACAAUGAAGACUCCAAAAACUCCGGAUAAACUCAGCUCCUCUCAAUUCUCCAAGUUUUUGCCAGAGUAUGUGGACUAUACCGAGCGCAUCCGUAAAUCGCUCUACUAUGGCAGAUUGCCAUCGACCGACCGUCCUUCGCUACCUUUUACUAGCUUGUCGGUUGAAAAGUUCAGCGAGCUGUGCCGCCAAGAUGGACUUGAGAAAUUGGAUUUGCGCUACGCAUCAUCCAUGUGUUACGAUGCUUGUGUGACUCCAUGCUCCCUCAUUCUUGCUUUGGUUUACCUUGACCGCCUUCGCUCCCAUAACCCGGAAUAUUUGACCAACACCUCACCUUCGCAAGUCUUCCUAGUUGCUAUGAUGGUGGCCAGUAAGUAUCUCUACGACGACGGAGAAGAUGACGAAGUGUUCAACGACGAAUGGGCUAUGUCUGCUGCUGUAUCUCUUGGUGACCUCAAUCAAGCAGAGAAAGAAUUCUUGGGUGCCAUUGACUGGAAUCUGUUUGUUGAUGCUGAAGCAUUUUUGUGUGCAUUUGAGCGUGUUGAAGGUGAAGUUGCAUGGCGUGAAGGGGAAAAGAGAGGCUACUUCACAUAUGCAGAUAUAUUUUCACUGACCCACACGCUACCAGUUUCCUGCACAUCUCUCCUCAACUUGGUGAGUCAUGUGUUUGCAGUGUGCAUUGUUGGGUACACUGCUGCCAUUGUGAGUGUUGUUGCUGGUACACUUCUAGCCCGAGAAUGCAGCUGGCACAUAUCGACAGUGAUGAGCCAGUUGUCGUGUAAUGUAUCGGCAGCUAACGAGACUACAACUACGUACCUUGAGAAUAUUACCGAAAUGUCGUAUUCGGAUCAUUUGGCGAACUCGAUGAGCUUCUUUGCAGAAAAUAUGGAAGCUAGUUUGGAUGAUGGCAAAGAUAGGAAUAUUAGCCUGUCGGGCUUUCCGUCUCGUGCAAUCACAACACUUACCACUUCCAUCCUGCUAGCCAUGUCUUCUCCAAGUACACUUCGUCAUCACCAGCACCGGCCACACCAAAGUGGGCGGAAAAACUGUCGAACCUGCCACUCGCCCACUAAAAAACGGAAUUGUCAAACACAAGCUGAAAAUCUUGAUUCUUUUGACUCUGGCUCGAACUUGGACCCAGCAGACACACGCCUGAGCUUUACCACUGGACCAUACUGGCCACCAUCAAGUCAUAGUCGUAGAUUUGGAUAUCUCGAUAUCAACACACUUCCUUCCGAUCUUCCUCAGUUGGAACCGUCUUCCAUAGAUUCUCAUGCAAGUCAAAAAGAUGACUGGGUGUAUUCUAACCCUUGGGUGAUCCCUUGGCUUUCUUGGCACAGUGCACCGGUUUACAGCAUUAUUCACAAUUUUUCAGGGAUUGGAGCUCCAAAUAUGAGUGGUUUUAAGAGAAGUGAGCAUGGCUGGGUAGAUUUGCUGGGAAGGAUGUGUGAAUCGGUUCGGGAAAUAAUAGAUUUAAUACCACUGUCGCACACCGUAGCUCUGACCCCGUCACCCCUGCUCGGCCGAGUUGAUGUCGGGUACUUGGGCUCGGACCCUGUGCCUUGGUUACUGUAAACUCUGAACUGUCCUUGUUGGAUUAUUGGGCUCCUUUACAUUGUAGAAAGGAUUGUAUUUUUUUUUUUGUCAUUGAUAACACUUUCUCCUGUGGAAAUAUAUGGAAAUAUAGCCCUAAUAAUCCUGUAUAAACCUGUAAACCUUAUUAACCCCUGCACUGUGCACCUGUUUUUGGCAAAAACUUCAUAGUGCAAUUGUUAAGGACACAUUUUUGUUUUUAUAAAUGUUCAGGUAAAGUUAGUCAAAAUGUUUCCAAACUCGACUAUUUUCAUUUCAAAACACAAAGAAUGAUGAAAACAUUAAAAUAUAGCCUAAUUAAAAAAAAUAACACAACUCUCGGAAUGACUUUUGUUGGCUGGCGCAGUUAAGGGGUUAAGGAAGUGUGAUUUCAUUAGUCACUUGCUCUGGUGUGUUUAGUGCAUGGAAUGUACAUUUAUCCUUUUACUUUAAUCUUGAUUUUUUCUUUUGUUUUUACUAAAUUGCAUUUUUAGACAUUUACAUUCUGUAUCGCUAGAAUGAAAAUAAAUUUUGCAUGUUGCCAAUCUGCUUAAUACCAAUGGCAACUUAAUACUGAUGUAUUUAUACAUAAUACCCCCCUCCCUGGCAUUUGUCAUUCAUAAUAGUGGCAAAGGGGGGGGGGGGGGACCCUGAAAUGGGAGUGUUUGCAAUGUGUGAUAAGAAUUCAAUUAUCACCUGAUCUCAAAGCCUUAUAAAGUUUCAUAUAUUGGAGGAAUUUACUAUCCAUUGACUUGAUAUAAUUCCAUUUUAAUUUCCAUAAUUGAAAGAAAUACUUAGGUUUGGAUUAAGUGUUUGAUGCUUAUAAAGUUGCACUUUGAAACUGUUGAUAAGAAGGUAGUGUAUAUUGAAGCUGCUCCCGGUUAUAUAUUUUUAUUUUGUAAUUCGACUUGUUUUUAAUUACCGUAGUCAUCAAAUGACUACGGUCACAGAAAUGUGUGACUAUCUGAUGUCCUGUCAUAAAUGGGAUGGUGUGUAAGAUUCAUACCCAUGUUCAAGAAGUGGUAUUGUUCCAAAAAACACUUAAUGUUUUUUGUUUUUUUUGUUUUUUAAAGUAAUUAGGCAUUGAAAUUACAAAUAUUUUUUUAAUCAUGCCAAAUACAAUACAGUAUGUAACAUUUCAUUUGCUUACAUAAUAUCAUAGGUAAUGAGUAGUUUAUAUUCACUUAAAGUUUGAAUAAAAUUUUUAAAUAUU